GCGAUGCUCGCUCAAUUAAAUAUAAGCUUUCGCUGUAUUAAAUAUAAUGUUGCUGCUGCCGGCAGUAGGUGGCUCUCGCUAGUCUGUGACAGGCAUCAAAGGUAACGUGGGGUCCUAAGCGUCGGGGGCCUUUACGGAUCGCCAUGGCAACGGGCUGUACACAAAAAGAGGGAGAUCCAGCAGCUCUUUUCUCAUCUCAGUUAUGUCUACUCCUUCAGGGGGGCGUCCGAAAACCACAAGCUCUCAACCCAGGAGCAGUGUCAAGCAAAGCCAAUGUGGCUGCACCCAGAUCUGCCUGUCUAACUUAUCAGCUACAAGGCAGUGAUAAAAGAUACCAACUUCCACUGAAAGAAUUAUUGCCGAGUGUGCAAGUAAAUGAGGGGUACAUAUCCAGCUGGCCUGGGCACAUAACUAGCGAGAUUAUUCAACAUAAACAAGCGUUCCAGCCAUCAAAUAUUGACAAGCAGCAUGGAUAUAAUGCUACAUAUGUAAACAGUUCACCAAAACCUCGAUUCUUGGAAAAGCUGGAAGACCACCUGAGGAAAGAGCUGGAAGUCUUGGACCCAAAUAUUCCUAACGCUCGGGAAAUAAAUCUACAAGCUUAUCGUGAAGUGUUUGAAUAUUUCAUUGAGGAUUUAAAAACCUACAAGCCAUUGCUCUCAGCCAUCAAAAAUGAAUACGAAGUUGUCCUAGCUCAGCAGCGAAAUCGAAUCCGUGAGCUGGAACCAUUGCAAGGCAUGCUUGUAACCACAACAGAGAACUGUGAACAUAGGCUUCUUGCCCUGCGUGAAGAAGAAAAAUUUGAGAUUCUAUCACUGAAGCGUGAAAGAACACAGCUACUCAAAAACAUUGAUAAUUUAAUGGAAACGCAGGAUUCUCUGGAGACCCAGGUUCGUAAGCUUCAGGAAGAGCUGGCAACUGAAUAUGAACGAUAUCGAGAACAAAGAGAUGCACGCAUUCUUCUGAUCGCUGAUAUGAAUAAUCUACAUGUUCAACAAGAAGAGCCAGUACAUUCUCAGGCAAAAGAAGCUGAUGAGGCUGAUGAUCCCAUUAAACUGAAAUUGGCGUUGAAGGUGGCUCAUGAAGACCUCAAGGGAUUGCAAUUUACACUAAAUGAAAUUAAGGCAGAGUAUGGGGAUGUGAUUCCAAGAAGGGAGUUUGAAACUUUAGAAAAAACCUAUAAUGAGUUAACUGAGAAGUAUGAACAUAUGCAGAGGCAUUUCACUCAGUUGAAAAUGGAACACAAUACCCUAUUGGACGUUAACAAGAAUACGACUCUUGAGCGAGACAAACUGAGUGCAGAAGUUGAACUACUAAGAACUAAAGUGUCAGGUAGUGACGUGGCAGUUAAUGAAGCAAAUCAGGAUUACUUUGAAGGACUGGGGACUGGAGAAGAUGUUGUUAUGUUUCUGCGCCAUAAUAGUCUUGUCAAGAAUGUGAAUCUGACCAAGGAGGAUUUAAUCAAUGUGUUGAGGGACAUCUGGGAAGAAAAAAGUGUAACUGAUCAUCAGAACAAUACAAAGUCGAAUCUUCCUGAGUUUUUCCAUAAGUACCUCCGGAAGAAGUUUGGAGACUCUGCCAUGCUCUGGGCUUACAACAUUUACUAUGGCUGCAGGCACCAUCAGGACGAUGAGUUCAUCGGUCUGUUUUUCCGCAUCAUCAAUGGAAUAGUUGAUGAAAGUGUAUAUCACGGGCAUGUGAAACUUAUUUCGGACGUGUUGAAUUCAUUUAUAAGUCGUGACACUGCUGGAAAAGGCAUUCUUACCAAACACGAAUUCAGUCAAGCCAUAAAGUCAGCCCUUCCAAAUAAGGGUGGAAAUUCCGUCAUCGAGCUAGUCGCUGCAGCAACAACCCAACUUGGGGACAGCAAGAAAAUUAGUUACAACUCAUUAUUUACAGAGCAAAAAGAUAGCGUACCAGCAAUGUUUAUUACAUUGUUACAACGCCAGUACACUGCAGAGAGAACAAAGUACAUUGAUGAACUAAGAAAUGUAUUGGAAGACAAAGAGGAACUGACUGUAAAUGACCUCAAAAAGGCUUUUGAAACAAUCGAUCCUUCUAUAGGUACACAAGCCCUGGCUACAUAUUUAGGUCAAGGUUUCCAAACUACAGGUGAAUCACUUACUGAGGCUUCUGUGGCAGACACUGACAUUAUAUUAGACCGGCUACAAGCAAAUGAUGUGAAGAGGAUAGGACCAAAGAUCUUAUAGUUAUAAGAUCUUUGGAAAGGACCACCUCGAUAGUACAGAUAUAUUUCAAUUGAUAUUUUAAAUAAAUUACAUGUUGUAAAGAUUGCAGUCUUGCUUAUUGCUAAUGUUUUUAAAUCGCUUAAUAUUGUACAAUUGUUUUUAAUUAUGGGAAUAUGGUUACAUGAGAAGACCAUUUCUGGAAAUCUUCAAAAAACAACAUCAAUUAUAUGCUUAAAUAAAACUGCUAUUUAUUUUAAGACAGAAUAUACGUGCACCAUGAAAAAUGCAAGUUAAAAGUCACACUCAUAGUAUGACGUGUCUAAUUAUAGAUUCAAAUUGUCAUAUUGUAGUAAUUCUGUGCUAAUAAAAUAUGACACAUUGGUUGUCAACAGAAAGCAUGAAGAAAGAUCCUUCAGCCCUUUGUCUGUGUUGAUCAUUGAGCACCCAUUUAAAAAAAAACACUAAACCUAACCUGACCCAUUUUCUGUCCAUAUUUUUAGCCUUGAGGCUAAAAUGUUAUGCAACUGUCAUUUCCUUCCAUUUCCUAACAGCAGUAGCAUUUAAUGCACUCAAGCUCCACGUACACAACAGCUUCCGCCCCUGUCCCACUUAGGAAACCUGAACGGAAACCUCUGGAGACUUUGUGCCCCACACAAGGUUUCCGUGUGGUUCCACGGAGGUUGCAGGUAGUUGCAGGUAGUGGAAGCAGGUAGGGAGACUGACAAAAACCUCCGGGAACCGCACGGAAACCUUGGGUGAGGCGCAAAGUCUCCAGAGGUUUCCAUUCAGGUUUCCUAAGUGGGACAGGGGCAUUACUAAUCUAGAAGACCAUUCUUCAUGCACAAAAGUAUGCAGUGAGGAUUAGGAGGCUGCAGAACUAUGGGGGCAAAUAGCUUGGUGUAGUACACUUUAGAGAUAGUAUUUAUCCAGGAAUGUGCAUCUUCAAGUGAGAUUGAAUAUCUCCCCCUCCUCCUCACUUUCACCCCCACCCCCCCCCCCCGUGUGUAUGGGGGGGGGGGGGGGGGGGGGGGGGUGGUUAGUGUGUGUGAUGCCGCAGGCCCUCCCGCAACAGCGUGUUGAGAGGACAGGACCCGCUUGGUCUAGUAUUUUACAAAUAUUGGUUAUGGAGGUCAGUAAAUUAGGAAUACAAAACCAAAAUAGUGAAGAUUUUAUAUUUUAUUUAUUUUUCAGUAAAUGUAAUCAAUGCCAUAAAAAUUACUUUUGUAGUAAUUUAGUGAACAUUCAACAACUAUGUUCACAUAUAGCUCUUCUCUUUAUGCUGGCGGUUUCAUUGGAUAUCUUUAACCUGUUUGCUUGUAAGUACGAUUACAUGUCAUUUAAUAUUAGCAAUCUUUCUCAAAGGAGGCAGUGCAGUUAGUGGCAAAGUUCAUAGACAAAUUUUGUAAUUGGGGCUAAGACAUUAUUUGGGCUACGUUUGGGAAGGAUAAUUCAGUCAAUGAUGCUGCAACUCAUUUGAGAGUUCUGAAUGUCAACUGUUAAUAUCAGAAGUACUUAA